AUGACGAUGGGUGAAGCAACGAACGUGAGGGAGAAGACGAGUGAAGAGCAGGCGAUCGAUGAUUGGCUUCCGAUCACGUCGUCUCGGAAGGCGAAAUGGUGGUAUUCGACUUUCCACAAUGUGACAGCCAUGGUCGGUGCCGGCGUUCUCAGUCUCCCUUACGCCAUGUCUCACAUGGGAUGGGGACCGGGCGUAACCAUGUUGAUACUAUCGUGGAUCAUCACCUUGUACACGCUGUGGCAAAUGGUGGAGAUGCACGAGAUGGUCCCUGGAAAGAGGUUCGACAGAUACCACGAGCUGGGGCAGUACGCGUUUGGGGAGAAGCUCGGGCUUUACAUUGUGGUGCCGCAACAAGUGGUGGUUGAGGUGAGCACAUGCAUUAUCUACAUGGUCACCGGCGGCAAAUCGCUCCAGAAAUUCCACCAUUCCGUUUGCCCCGACUGCCAUAACAUCAAGCUCACCUAUUUCAUCCUCAUUUUCGCCUCCAUUCAUUUCGUCCUCUCUCACCUUCCAAACUUCAACUCAAUCUCCGUCGUCUCACUUGCCGCUGCCGUCAUGUCCCUAUCAUACUCGACAAUUGCAUGGACAGCGUCAGUGGCGAAAGGGAAAGCGGACAACGUUGACUACAGUCUCCGUGGUGAGAGUGCAGCGGCCAACACAUUCAACUUCUUCAAUGCAUUGGGAGACAUUGCAUUCGCGUACGCCGGCCACAAUGUGGUGCUUGAGAUCCAAGCGACGAUACCCUCGACCCCUGAAAUACCGUCGAAAAAGCCGAUGUGGAAAGGUGUGAUUUUCGCGUACAUCGUAGUGGCCUUGUGCUAUUUCCCGGUUGCAAUAGGAGGUUACUAUAUAUUUGGGAACGCAGUCGAAGACAACAUUCUGCUAGGUCUCGAGAGGCCCAGGUGGCUCAUUGCAGCUGCUAACAUGUUUGUCCUCAUCCAUGUCAUUGGUAGCUACCAGAUAUAUGCCAUGCCGGUGUUUGACAUGAUGGAAACAUAUUUGGUCAAGCAAAUCAAGUUUAAGCCGUCCUUCAACCUUCGUUUCAUUACUCGCACCACAUAUGUCGCUUUUACUAUGUUCAUUGCUAUGACAUUCCCUUUCUUCGGUGGUUUGGUUGGAUUCUUCGGCGGUUUUGCUUUGGCCCCAACGACAUACUUUCUUCCGUGCAUCAUAUGGCUCAUUGUACGUAAACCAAAGAAGUUCAGCUUCUCGUGGAUUAUUAACUGGGCGUUCAUCAUAAUUGGAGUUGCAUUGAUGACUGUAGCACCUAUUGGUGGCUUAAGGAACAUCAUUCUAUCAGCCAAGAACUACCAAUUCUACCAGUGA